GACGGGCGCGUUUUGCCCUUCCCUCCGGCGCCUCCGGGCGGCACCGUCGGCUACACGAUGAGCAGCUCGACGCACCGCUGGCCUGAAGAGGAGCCGCCGCUCAAGGAGGCGCCCAACAUCCUGAUUGUCAUGUUUGACGACGCCGGCUUUGGCCAGCCGAGCGCGUUCGGCGGCGGCAUCGCCACGCCGAGUCUCGAGAAGCUCAAGGCGACAGGGAUCAGCUACAACGCGUUCCACACGACGGCGAUGUGCUCGCCGACGCGCGCUUCGCUCCUCACCGGCCGGAACCACCACGCCGUCGGCUCUGGCCAGAUCGCCGAGCUCGCGAACGCAUGGGACGGCUACACGGGCGUGAUACCCAAGACUGCUGCCACUCUGCCAGAGGUUCUCCGCCACUACGGGUAUGCGACCGCGGCGUUUGGCAAAGACCACAACACGCCCGUCGAUUCGCUCGGCUCUGGGCCCUUCGACCGCACGCCGACCGGGCGCGGCUUUGACCACUUUUACGGCUUCAUGGCGGGAGAGACGUCGCAGUACGAGCCGCUGCUGUGGGAGGGGAACGUCCAGAUCCCGACGCCGGCGGCGGUCGAGGGCGGAGGAGCGUACCACUUGACCGAGGACCUCGCCGACAAGGCGAUUGGCUGGAUGCGGCGGACCAAGGCGCUGCACCCGAGCCGCCCCUUCUUCGUCUGGUGGACGCCAGGGGCAGUGCACGGGCCUCACCACGUGAGCGCGCGGUGGGCGGACAGGUACAAGGGCGCCUUCUCGGGCGGGUGGGACGCAUACCAGAAAGAGACAGUGGCGCGGCAGAAGGCGAUGGGGUGGCUGCCGGAGGAGGCGGAGCCGUCGGCAAGGCCAGAGGGGCUGCCGGCGUGGGAGUCGCUGAGCAAACAGGAGAGGGCGUUCCAGGAGCGGCUGAUGGAGGUGUACGCUGGCUUCCUCGAGCACACCGACUACCAGAUGGGCCGCGUGGUGGGGGAGGUGGAGGCCUUGGGCUUGCGCAACGACACGCUCAUCAUCGACAUCUUCUCGGACAACGGCGCGUCGGCCGAGGGCAUGGGCGGCACCGUCGCCGAGCUCAACGCGCAGAACGGCUUCACCUCGACGGUCGACGAGCAGCUCCGCGUGCUUGGCGCCCUGGGCGGCUUGGCGGCGAUCGGCGGCGCAAAGACGGACAACAUGUACCACGCGGCGUGGGCGUGGGCGGGCGGCGCGCCGUUCAGGUUCACCAAGCUCGUGGCGUCGGAUUGGGGCGGGACGCGCACGCCGAUGGUCGUGAGCUGGCCGGGGCGGGUAAUGCCCGACCGCACGCCGCGCCGCCAGUUCCACCACGUCAACGAUGUCGCGCCGACUGUCUACGAGCUGCUCGGCAUCUCUCCACCGGAGGUCGUCGACGGGCACGCGCAAGACCCGAUCGACGGCGUGAGCUUCGUGUACACGUUCGACGACGCCGGCGCGGCCGAGCGGAAGGAGACGCAGUACUUCGACAUCAUGGGCAGCCGCGGAGUGUACCACAAGGGCUGGCUAGCGUCCACCUUCGGGCCGCGUGCCCCGUGGGAGAUGGGUGCGCCAGACCUGGCCACGUGGGACCCGACACAGGAUGCAUGGCAGCUGUACGACACGCGCCCGGACUACUCCCUGGCCAGGGACCUGAGUGGACAGCCGGCGCAUGCGGGCCGGCUCAGCGCGAUGAGGGCGCUGGCGGACGCCGAGUUCCGCGCAAACAAGGUGCUCCCUGUUGGAGGAGGCCUCUACGUCCUCCUCCAUCCGGCAGAGGUCAAGCGGACGUCAAACACGCAGUGGCGGCUCUUCCCGGGCAUGGUCCGCAUCUCCGAGAUCACGCGAGAUCGCGCGAGAUCACGCCCGAGACUGAGCCGAGAUCUGCCGAGGUCAGGUUCGCAUCCCGGAGAGCGAGGCGCCGAACAUCACCCGGGAUCAGGCGGGGCUUGCCUCUUCGCGGCCGACGGCAGCCUCUACUACGAGUACUCGGCGCUGCUGCUGCGGCGGUACACGUUCAAGGUCGGCAGGCUCCCUCCUUCCUCGGCGCACGUCAAGGCUGGAGACUACCCGAGAUCGCCCGAGAUGAUCCUAGAUUGCCCGAGAUUGCCCGAGAUUGCCCGCCUCUCUCGGCGCACGUCAAGGUUCGGGAGGGAGGCCCGUGGAGCUACUGGAGUUGGCCGGACGGUGCCGGUCGUCUUCACGGCGAACGAGGGCUUUGACGUCGGCAUGGACCUCGGCUCGCCGGUGGCGGACUACUACUACGGCCUCAAGCCCUUCCGCUUCGACGGCAAGAUCAACGCGAUACACUUUGAGAGCCUA